CUCAAUUUUUCAACAAAAAUCAUUUGUCUGUCGAAUCGUUCGGUUUGGUUUUUGUUGGUUGGACAAGUUGAAUUUGAAUUCUUAAGAUUGAAUUUCGAGUCAAGACUCAAAAAGAAAAUACCAAAAAGUGAAAAGACUUAUUAAACAAAGUGUGAGGUCAAAGUGAAAUGAGUUAAAAUUCUUGAUUUAAAAAAAAAUCAAAUUAAUACAAACAAAUCAUCAUAACACUUUUUCUUUGAAAUUCCUUAAAAAUUUAAAUACACAAAGAGACAAAAACUAUACAAAAAGAAAACAUGUUUUCAAUAAUCCGUAAAUUGCCAAUGGGCCAAGUAGUUCGUCCAUUAAUUGUCAAUAACUCUGUUGCUCCAACGGCAGGAGCAGCAGCAACCAAACUCAUCUCAACGACCGAGAAUCCCCAAAACUCGGAACAUAUGACGAAAAUUGAUAAAAUUGGGGGACUACCAAGUGAUUUGGUCAACAAGAAGAAAAUGAAGACAACUUUAAGAACUUUGUCAACUUUAAAUUAUUCAAUGCCAUUAGCAGCGCGUGCAACUGUAUCCAAGGAUGAAAGUCGAGAUUUUAUGGCUGUUUUUCCAGAUCUUGUCCGUGAGCUCACUGAAAAAGCAAACGAAUACAAUGCCAAACAAGCUUCAAAAUGGUUUGCCAAGGCACUACAAUACAAUGUGCCACGUGGAAAGAAAAAUCGUGGUCUUUUGACAGUUUUAACAUACAAGAAAUUAGUAAGCGAGGAUCAAUUGACACCGGAGAACAUAAAAAAUGCACAAUAUCUUGGAUGGUGUGUUGAAAUGCUUCAAAGCAUGUUCAUCAUUGCCGAUGACAUCAUGGACGGCAGCACCACAAGACGUGGCCAAGUUUGUUGGCAUAAACUUGAUGAUGUUGGCAUGACAGCCAUCAAUGAUUCCCUAAUGAUUGAGAAUGCUAUUUUUACGAUUUUAAAGAAUCAUUUCCGUCAAUCCGAAGCCUAUGCUGAUUUGCUUGAUCUCUUCCAUGAAGUGAUAUUCAUAACAACAUGUGGACAAUCCUUGGAUCUUCUAACAGCCAAUAAAGAUAUUUCUAGCUUCACAAUGGACAAAUACAAGUCGAUUGUGGCUAAUAAGACUGCUUAUUAUUCAUUCUAUUUGCCAUUUGCAUUGGCUAUGCAUUUAGCUGGUUUUAAAGAUGCUGAAGCAUUUAGACAGGCCAAGACAAUUCUUCUUGAAAUGGGACACUUCUAUCAAGUUCAAGAUGAUUUCCUCGAUUGCUUUGGUAAUCCCGAAGUAACUGGCAAACUAGGAACUGAUAUUCAAGACAAUAAAUGUUCUUGGUUAGCUGUGGUUUGCAUGCAGCGAGCAAACGACGAUCAAAAGAAAAUCAUGGCUGAAUGUUAUGGUAAAAAUGAUCCUGCUAAGAUUGCUCGAGUUAAGCAACUAUACAAGGAACUUGGUCUACCAAACACCUAUGCGACUUACGAAGAAGAAUCAUACAACAUGAUCAAAACACAUAUUCAACAAACAUCACGUGGAGUGCCACACGAGCUCUAUUUACAAGUUCUCAACAAGAUCUAUCAUAGGGAUUCAUAAACAUUUUCGAACUUAAAAAAGACUGAAAAUCUUCAUAAAUAAAUAAUUAUGAAUAAAAAUAAAUAAAAACAGCAGCAGAAGAGGCGGAAUUUAAGCUGUAUUACACCCCCACUAAUUUAAGUGCUCAUAAAUAAUCUUAGUCUUAUUCUAUUCCCAUUUUUUAUCCUAAAAGUUAGUAAUAGUCUUGCAUGGAUCAAACUUAUUACACAAAGAAAGGAAAGGGUUUAGAUUUAAAAAAAAAAUAUAAAAGUUAAAGAAAAGAAAAAUGAAACGAAAUUGAAUUGUGAUUGAAAUGAAAAAGGAAACAAAACAAAAAUUACCUUAACAUAAGUUGUAAUUUCUCCUUUUGAUAUUUUUUAUAGUUAAGAAAAAAUAAUAUAAUAGCAAACCUUUAUUACA